AUGAGCACGAUCAACAACAACAAACAAGUGGCGUACAACACUGAAGACCGCCAAUGGGAUGCUCGCAUCAACGUACAAGACGAUGCCUAUCUCCAAUCGAUCAUCGACAACAUUGUCCUUGAGAACGCCCGCGGCAAAUUCAAGUACAUUCUCAUCGGCGGCGUUGAAGUUGGUACGCGUCCGAACCAAACGGAAUAUCAAGUCAAGCAUAUCCACGUGGCGGCUAUCUUCCACAACCGAGAGUCCAAGGCCUCAAUCCUGAAGAACUGGGACGUUAUUGAAGGCAACGGCUACUAUCUUGUGCCUCGCAACCGCGACCUUCCUUAUCAAGGCUGGAAGGACCACCACACGAAGGAAUUUUCCAAGGUUUCGAGCGACAAGAAGGACUGGAUCCUAUUUGAAGAAGGCGAACUUCCCAAGGACCAAGGCCAAGGCAUCAAGCGCAAGGGCCCUGUGUUACGAAGCGAAAGCGAGAAGAAGAUGAAGACCGAUGAAGUUAUUAUCGACAUGCGACGCAUGAUUGAAGAAGGCAAGGCCGACGAAGCGUUCGAGACGUACCCUAGAAACUAUAUGAUCUACGGCGAGCGUAUCAAGUCCAUGGUCCAUCAAAAGAAGAAGGCCUUUUUCGGCAAGCACACGGACCCGCACCUUUAUUUGCAUGGAUUCCCUGGAACCGGCAAGACCUCGUUGCUCCAGUUUAUCUAUGGCAACUAUUACAAGAAAAACCUGGAGAACCGGUUCUGGGACCUUUACGACGAAGAAGUGCAUACGCAUGUCAUGCUUGAAGACCUGGACAGCCUUGUCCUGGACCGCCUUGGCGUCCAAUUUAUCAAGACGAUUUGCGACGAAGCCGGAUUUGCGAUCGACCAAAAGUACAAGGCACCUCAAUUGACUCGUGCAACUAUCCUGGUGACGUCGAAUCAAGAUAUUGACCAGCUGAUUAACUGCUGUGACGAAGUCAAGCUCAUUGAAAGUACCAAGGCAGCGUUGAAGCGUCGUUUCUACCAACUCCGAGUUGACCAACUCCAGCGUUUGCUUGGACUCAAGUUAAUUCCUGCAUAUGAUCGCAAGAUGCUCAAGAAGGCCGGCAACGAAGAUCCUUCCAAGCUCUACAUGGAUUAUGAUUACAUCCAAGACUGUCCUACUGGUCUGCCAAUCAAGACACCGGAAUACUACCGUCAAGUGAUUAAAGAUAAAUACUAUCAAUAA